AUGAGUUCAUUGAUGUUGGGUUUACCUACCAGUAAAAGUGGGAGCAGUGCUGGAUUGAAUGCCAACUGCCAGGAGAGUCAGGAGACAGAGCCAUGGGAGCAAGACCAGGAUGAGGCAGUGAUGCAGGAGAAGGACAAGGAUGUGGACAUGGUGUACGAGACCCACGAGCCAGCAAUGCAGGACCAGGAUGAGGAUGUGGCACAGGAGAAGGAGAAGGAUGAGGACAUGGAUGUGGUGUACAAGACCCACAAGCCAGUGAUGCAGGACCAGGAUGAGGAUGCAGCACAUCAGACACUGGUGCAGGAGAUGGCUCAGGGGAGGUGUCAGAAGAGGUGUCAGAAGAGGUGUCAGAAGAGGUGUCUGUGA